AUGGAAAAAGGAAAUCACUCGGAGGUGACUGAGUUCAUUCUCUCAGGACUGACAGAUCGUCCGGAGCUGCAGGUCCUCCUGUUUGGGGUGUUCCUACUGAUUUAUGGUAUCACCGUGGUGGGGAAUGGGGGGAUGAUCUUGUUAAUCAUGAUUGACCCCCAACUCCACACCCCCAUGUACUUUUUCCUCAGUAAUUUGUCUUUCUGUGACCUCUGCUAUUCCUCGAUAGUUUCCCCUAAGAUGCUGCUGAAUUUCUUAGCCAAGAGGAAAAGCAUUUCUUACACUGCCUGUGCUGUGCAACUGUAUCUCUCUAUUGCUUUUGGAGAUAUUGAGUGCCUCUUGCUGGCUGUGAUGGCGUAUGACCGUUAUGUGGCCAUCUGUAACCCGCUGGUCUAUACGGUCACUAUGUCCAGGCAGCUUUGUAAACAGCUGGUGGCUGGGGUGUACGCUGUGGGGUUUGUGGAUUCAAUGAUACACACGUGUUUUACAUUUCGGCUGUCAUUCUGCAGCUCCAACAUCAUGAAUCAUUUCUUCUGUGACAUCCCCCCACUGUUGGCGCUCUCCUGUUCUGACACCAGCAUCAAUGAGAUUGUGAUAUUUGUUUUUAUGAGCUGCAUAAUAGUAAGCAUCUUUGUGACUGUCCUCCUCUCCUAUGUCUAUAUCAUCUCCACC